CAAACCUAUCUGACUGGGACGGCGAGCCAAACAAAGCGUAUGCGCCGUUUGACCGCCUUGCAUUUUUAAUGGCGAACAGGAUGACAGUCGAAAAGGAGACACGUCUGCUGUCACCUCGUCAUUGAAAAUAACUGACGGAAUUUUAAUUCACCAGAGAGGAGAGACGACGGCAACAGAGAAGGACGCGUUUAACCUGCAACGACUGUCGACAUCUGCGCAUGAUGCAUUGCAGCACUUUUGAGAAAAUGGGUGUUUUUAGCCUCAUUCUCAGGAUAGAGUAUCUGAUCCGAGAUGUCGGUUGGGUUCUUUAGCUACCGUGUCGUCUGAUUGUGCUGGAGUCGAAACAACAAUCCCCUCUGGCGACCUGCACCAUGGGGCCCAUCAUGCAGGAGCGCACAGCAUCCACGACACUGAAACGCGUCGUUUCCAAAGAGAAGAUUCGGGUAAAAUACACUGAAAACAGCGGGCCAGUAACCAGUUCAAAGAAAGGUAACAAGAUGAAGAAAGCAGUGGGCCAGAUGAAAAAUGGCCUCCCCAGCCCAGGUCAGGAUAAGGAUACAGUGACAGCAGUGCAGAAGGGUGCACAGUCAAAAGGUGGCAGGGUCAAAUCUGGCUCCACACGCAACACAAGCAAACUCUCCAGUCCUGAAGAAGAUGGAGAUUUGAGACCUCAGCUUCGCAAACAUUUAUCCGUGCACAGGAAAGAGGAGCAGCGCGAAAAUAAACGGGUGUCACAGUGCAGCAACGAGCUACACCCGAAUCGUGGGGGGAUGGGGAAAAAUCGGCGAGCCCUCUCCCUGCCUCUCUCCCCAAUAUCAGGGCUGCGACACACGCCAUCACAGCCCCUUACACACUCCCCAGCCCCCACCCCUGAGGCGCUACAGCAGCAGUACAACCAGAAGGAUGAUGACACUGACAGUGCCAGUGAUCUGUCAGACUCUGAGAGGCUGCCUGUGCUGCCCUCUCCCUGCACCCCCUGCACCCCUCCUCACCUUAAUCUCCGGGCGGAGGUCAUCAACACUAAUGACUUUCCGCCAGACUUCCCAGGACCACAUGGGGCUGUGUGUGAUGAGGAUGAGACUGAGAAACCCAGCUACAGCUACCCAGACUUUCUGCCUCCACCCUUCAACAGCUGGAGCCUGAGACAGCUGGCGGUGUUUCUUCACACGGAGGGCCGUGGGGCCCCCCGGCCCAAGCCUGUAGGCCACUUGGAGAAGUACCUGGAGAGGCUGCUGCAGCUGGAGUGGCUCCAGAUCCAAACAGUGCAAGCGGAGAGCAGCCGUCCUCCUGGGACCCGCUCAAGGCCACAGGGCUUCCCUUCUGCCACCACCGCUCACCCCCCCAGGCCUCACACAGCUCCACCAUCCCGACUCAACUCCCCUAAAGGGCUGCGGCACAGCCAGCGAGCCUUCCCAUUUGCACCUGUCAACAACCCCCCAUCCCCUGCUUCAACCCAGCAACAGCACUCCCGCUUUCCAGUUUGCCCUCACUGUCACAUUCGCUACCCGUUGUGCAAUGGAAGCUGCUCUGCCUAUGCCUACCAGCGUCACUCAAGGCUCAGCCCGCUGCUUGAGCGCAGAGCCAAACCUGGAGCACCAGCGAAGAGGAGCAGCAGCGAGACCCGGGCGACCUCAACAGAAGGCCGGAGCCCUGGAGGACAAGGUGGAGGAGCCCAGACCCCAGUUAGCCCCUCGGCUGGAAGGAGUCACCUCAGGCACAUGCAGGCCGCAGGCAACGCCCGAAAGCAACCCCAGGAAUCUGGAACUAACGCAAACAGCAGAGGUCAAGUGAGAAAAAGCCGAAUCAGAGCUAACUCUGAGACAGAUGUGAAAAAGGAGCCUUGUGGGAGUAAAACAGCUGGUGCAGAGAAACGGGUCUUUGCUGCGAGUAAGAGAGAGGUCAUCACCUCCAAGAGGGUAGAGAAGGACUGGCAGAGGACAGAGGCGGUGGGUCAGGCCUCAAAAACUGCCAUGAAGAGAGCAGCUAAAGAGCCGCAAUCUUUAUCCAAAGCUCCACUUGGUAAUAAGCAGAAUGGCAAAACAAAAAAUGUGCACUUUGUUGCGAAGUAACCCCUAUAAACCUACAGUAUACUGCUUUAUUAGCGAUUACCUGGUACAGGAGCUUGAACCUAUGCCUGCUUUCUGUGUACUCUGUGUAAUACUAACAUGUUGUAACUGUUGUACAGCGGUCUAAAUCAGUCAGUGGCAUACUGCCUUCAAAAGGUCACAAGUAACAACAGGUUGAGCAGCUAGAGUAGAGAUAAAAACAGCAAUGAUUUAAAAAUAUGACACUUAAAUAGAACAGAAUUCUACACGUUGUAUUUCAUCUCAAAUGUACAGUAAGUAUACAGUCAUAAUGUUAGACUGUGUUUUGACAGGAGGCUCGUUAUGAACUGGAGCACUACUAGGAUUUAAACACAGCUUUUAUGUAAAUUGAACUCUGCUGCACUGCACAUCAUCAUCUCUCAGUAUACUACUAAUAAGCAUAAAAUAAGCAUCUACUCUACCACUGGACAGCUUUCAGCAUAAGUAAACCAUCGUGAAGUUUGACAGAGAUCAUUACAUUUUAGUCAGCCAAUACAACCAUUGCCGUUACUAGUGGAGUCUGUGAUGUUGGAAUGUAUUUGUUUUCAAUGCUCUUCCUUUACUCGAUGUUGCAUUUUAUAUUUUCUUUGGUGCCUCAUGUUUUUGAGACAUAUGUUCCGUUAAGGCAUCUUUUGGCUGAAAAGAAGGAGGCACAAUAACUGGUGGUGUACUGCAGUGAUGUAAUUUGUUUGACAUAUAUCUGUGCAAUGGUUUAACAUUUUUGGUUCCAAGGGCUUUUCAUGUUUGAACAGCUUGAAUUGUAGUCUAUGAUAAUAUACUGUAUUUUGCAUAGAGCUGAGCUCUUUCUAUCAUUGAAGACAGUGUAAUGUUUGCUACGAAUGUAAAUGCAUAUUUUUCCAAAUUUUAUAUACCAUAGUUAUAUUUAUGAAAAGUGUCGUGGUUGACUUGUAAUCAUCAUUGUCAUUAUUCUGUUUACAUCGUCACGCACAAAAACAAAAAUAUUUAGUCAAAGAGCUGAAUGUAACUUAAUGUCCUCCGUGCUGUACCAUUGGCCAUCCCUGUGAUUCAGUGGAAUUCCAACACAACAUAGCUGUUAACGCUGGUAAUGUCAUACAUAUCACCUCCAUAUCACACUGCAUACUUGAAGUCUUUAGAAGAUUGUGUUUACAUUAGAGUGUCUUUAUCUGUUUGUUGUGAUUUACCAUGUGCACUUGAUUCGUGGAAACACUACAUCAGUGUAAAUAAUGUGAUAUGUAAUCAGAUUGCACCUCUUAAUAAUCCUGUAAAGUAUCAAAGCCAUAGAUAAGGGGCUAGGAGGGGCGGUGUUAUUAUAAAAAUGUACAUUUUGUCGACACGCACGCAGAAAGAUUGUGGUAUGUAUUUUCUCAAUGUUGAAUGCAAGUAUUUGUAAGGCAUAGAAAUAAAUGUUUUGCACUCAA